AUGCUCUUCCAUCUGUCCGCCGCGUCUGUAUUCCUGGUCAUCGCGGCUGUCCUGGUGUAUCAUCGCGCCCGCCUCCUUCCCCUCCUCACACACUUCCUCGCCCGCGUGCUCCCCACCCAGCUCUCUGCCCGAAUGAGCAACUACACCCCGCUGCGCUCUUCGGCCUUCGCGGACCAGGCGGCGGCGGGUAUGUCGAGUGGGAACUUUGAUCUGGAGGAGAAUAUGGCGGAGGGGAGUGGGGAGGGGAGAGUGGGGCUUGAUGAGGCGGGUGUGGAGGAGGUGAGGAAGAUCAUGGCAAUUGAGCGGUGUACAUUCGACCAAGCCCGUCUUAUCAGGCAUAAUCGCAUUCUCGCCAAGAAUGGUAUCGCCCCUGACGGCACUCCCAUGGAUCGGAAAGCUAUCACUAGGCUCUCAUAG